ACCAUGUGGAAACGAUUAGGACAACUUGGAGUGUCUGUUGCUAGACCGGCAUGUAGACAACAAAAGACAAUGGCUCGAUUUAUGUCGACAGAAUCAACUGUAAAAGAAAUCUACACGCCCAAAAAACGUAAAUUUGGGUUUGGCACUGCUUUGUUAUGCACGAUUCCCUUUGUUACUUUUGGACUAGGCACUUGGCAAGUCCAAAGACUUCGAUGGAAAGUCAAUUAUAUUCGUACAUUAGAAGACCGCCUUUACCGUGAACCUAUUCCUUUACCUAAGCGCAUAAACCCUGACAUGUUGGAAGAGUACGAAUAUCGCAAAGUCUAUGUUAAGGGACACUAUCGACAUGAUCAAGAAAUUUUGCUCGGUCCUAGAACAAGAGGAGAUGGCAAUGUAGGCUAUUUUGUCAUUACGCCUUUUGAAAGAGAUAAUGGUACCACUAUUUUAGUCAAACGAGGAUGGAUUUCACCCGAGAAAAAAGACAAGCGUACAAGACCUGAUAGUUUGGUGACAGAUGAAGUGGUUGUCAUUGGCCUUAUCCGUGUCAAUGAACAGACAAAUACAUUUACACCCGAGAAUGAUAUCGAAAACAAUCAAUGGUAUUGGGCAGAUGUUGAUACCAUUGCUCGAUUGACUAAUGCUCAACCUAUCAUGAUUGAGAAAGUAUCAGACAUGUCUCCUUCAAAAGAAUACACAUUGAUUGAAAAAGGUAUUCCUGUUGGUAGAUCACCUACUGUAGAAGUACGCAAUCAUCAUUUGAACUAUUUAAUUACAUGGUAUUCCCUUUCAUUGGCAACUACUGUCAUGCUCUGGAGACUAUUAAGAAGACCUCCUGUUCGACCCAUGAAAGUCAAGAGAAUAUAAAGCAUGUUUAUUCAUAAAAAAGGGAAGGGUAUAAUGCAAAUAUCAAAUAAAAUCUAUAG